AUGUCUGUCCACAACUCGCAUGGCGUGGAUGUAGGCAGUGGACCGGAGGGGCUGAGCGGGAUGGACAUCAUAGUGCAUACCCCGAAGUACCAAACAGAAUUAACAGAUUCAGAACCCUACUAAAACCCUUUCGUCCUCCCCUGCUCUACAGGUUCAGAAACCCUACCGCAACCCCUGCUGUUGAACUCAGUCUCGCCUCAAACGGGAGAGUAACAACAAAGCCUCCAGAUUCCUCUUUUGUCACACUGUCACGGUUGGAGAAAAAAGCUCCAUUGAAAUUUGUUCUGGGUCAACCGUUCCUGUACCCAUGGUUUCCUUCUUUAGCUCGAGAUAGAUUCAUGCGCAGGGAAUUAUUGAGAGUUUUUCACGUUGGUAUUUGUGAUAGCUUCAGAAAGAAUUGAUCGUUGAUCUGGAAAAAUUAUGCCUAGCGUUGCUAAUGUCACCUCAUACGCUGACAGUGCAUGCCGUCUUCUUCAUGGCAUGUGCAUGGUUUUCCAGGAGGCAUAUCUCUAUGCCAAAUUCAGAAGUUCAUACCCAAAAGAUGGAAACAGAGCGUCCUAUUAGAUACUCAUCCAGAGAGCAGGAGGCAGCAUCCUUCAUUAUUUAUUAAUUCAAAAGAACCCAUCCAAGGAACACUCACUGCUAGUGCUACUACUACUCCUACUGAUGAAUUUAUGAUACAUUGUGAUUUUUUCACGUCCCUCAAGCAAUACGCCAGCAAGGGCCAACUGUCUAAAGCUUUCCAAACAUUUGCUCUUAUUCAACAAUUUCGUGCCUCUUCUGAAGUGCCAAAUCAUGAACUUGAAGUCCAUUUGUGCAUUUCAUCUCUUCUAUUAUCUUGCACCAAUCUCGGAUCAAUCCCACAAGGUAGACAGCUCCAUGCCCACGCCAUCUCUCUUGGUUCUGAACAACACCCUGUCUUGGUUCCCAAGCUGGUUACUUUUUACUCAACGCUUAAUCUUCUUGUUGAUGCGCGUGUUAUGACUGAGAACUCAAAUAUUUUGCACCCUUUGCCUUGGAACAUACUCAUCUCGGCUUAUGUUAGAAAUGGGCUUUGCAGUGAGGCUCUGUUCGCAUUUAAACAAAUGGUGACUAAGGGCAUCAGACCUGAUGACUUCACAUACCCGUCAGUUCUCAAGGCUUGUAGUGUAGACUUUGAUGUAGAAUUUGGGCGGCAGGUUCAUCAAUUGAUUGUGAAGAGUGGGUGGCUUGAGUGGAGCUUGUUUGUACAAAAUGGGUUGAAUUCUAUGUAUGGGAGGUGUGGAGAAGUGAACAUUGCUCGUGACCUGUUUGAGAAAAUGCCAGAAAGAGAUGCAGUUUCUUGGAACACGAUUAUUGCUGCUUAUGCCUCCAAGGAUAUGUGGAAUAGUGCAUUUGAAGUAUUUGAAAGUAUGCGAGCAGAGGGCAAGGGCCUUGAGUUGGAUAUUAUCACUUGGAAUACCAUAGCAGGUGGUUGCUUGCGGACGGGCAACUUUGAGGGGGCACUAAAAUUGAUUUCUCAGAUGAGAACUUGUGGAAUUUUAGAUUCUGUGGCGUUGCUUAUUGGUCUUGGUGCAUGCUCUCAUAUUGGGGCUGUGAAAUUGGGGAAAGAAAUUCAUGGUUUUGCUAUUCGCAAUGGUUGUGAUGAGUUUGAAACCGUUAAAAAUGCAUUGAUCACUAUGUAUUCAAGGUGCUGGGAUCUUGAACAUGCAUAUGUAUUGUUCCGAUUGACAGAGUGUAAGAGUAUAAUAACUUGGAAUUCCAUGAUUUCUGGUUACGCGCACAUGGACAGGUCUGAGGAGGCAUCCUCUCUGUUUAGAGAAAUGUUACUGUCUGGGGUUGGUCCAAAUUAUGUGACCAUAGCCAGCAUGCUUCCUCUUUGUGCACGAGUGGCAAAUCUCCAACAUGGUAAGGAGUUCCACUGCCACAUUACUAGGCAUGGAGGAUUUGAUGAUAAUUUGUUGUUGUGGAAUUCUCUUGUGGACAUGUAUGCUAGAUCUGGGAAAAUUUUGGAAGCUAGAAUAGUGUUUGAUUUGUUGGGCAAGAAGGAUGAAGUGACUUAUACUUCCUUGAUAGCUGGAUAUGGGAUGCAGGGAGAGGGACAAAGUGCAUUGAAACUAUUUGAAGAGAUGGGUAAGUUGCCAAUCAAACCGGACCAUGUAACUAUGGUGGCAGUUCUAUCUGCUUGUAGUCACUCAGGUCUUGUUAGUGAAGGCGAAAUGCUGUUUAAGAAGAUGCCAAGUAUCUAUGGUAUAACUCCUCGUUUGGAGCACUUUGCUUGCAUGGUUGAUCUCUUUGGAAGAGCCGGUUUGCUAAACAAAGCCAAGGAUAUCAUCAAAAGGAUGCCUUACAGGCCAACCGCUGCCAUGUGGGCUACCCUCCUAGGAGCUUGUCGAAUCCAUGGGAAUAUUGAAAUAGGAGAAUGGGCAGCUGAGAAACUGUUUGAAGCGAGGCCCAAGAAUUUGGGCUAUUAUGUGUUGAUUGCUAAUAUGUAUGCUGCUGCUGGUUGUUGGAGCAAGUUAGCAAAAGUUAGGACUUUUAUGAGGAGUUUCGGUGUUAGAAAGACUCCUGGCUGUGCUUGGAUUGAUGCAGGUUCUGAGUCUCACUCCUUUUUGGUGGGAGACACAUCAAACCCUGAUGCGCACAAAAUAUACCCUCUGUUGGAGGGAUUGACUGAUCUGAUGAAGGAUAAUGGUUAUAUUGCAGCAGGGGCUUUCAGUUCAGAUGAAUGUGAGGAACUGAACGAACAGGGGAACUUGUAGUGAAUCGAGGUCAUUCCAAUAUGAGGUCAUUAUGGAUGAUUUAUUUUCCAGGCAAUUUUAAUGAAGAUAUUAACUUAUACCAAUAUUUUUUUUCUGGUGAAAUGGGUAAUACUCCUGCCAGAUGUACAGGUCUUUGUGGAUUAUAUUUUUCUUUUUUUUAAAGAAAAAAUAAAAACCUGUACUCGAACAUUGUUUAUGAACCUGGAUAGAGAUCAAGAUACAGCUGUACAGCUUGCAGAGGAA